AUGGCGUCGACAACGUUCGACCGCGAGCUGCACGUUCGCUACUUCCUUACGAAUUUACGGUCGCUCCCGGCCCCAUACGCAUCUCAGGACUCACAGCGUGUGGUCUUGGCCUUCUUCUGCAUACACGGACUGGCAUUGCUGGGGGAAUUGGAGCGUGUGGAUCGGCACCAAGUCAUCGAGUGGGUGUAUAGCCUCCAAGUGCCUCCGGACUGCCACGACGCCAGCCUCAAUGCCGGUAACUGCGGCUUUCAAGGUGGCACCUUUAUGGGGAACGUCUUUGGUUGUCCAUCAUCCCAGUACGAGAGCGAAGUGUACGAUUCGGGCAACAUCGCGUCGACGUUCGCUGCACUCUGCAUCCUCCGCACACUUGGGGACGAUCUCAGUCACGUGCACAAAGCAGCCAUUAUCAACUCGCUUACACACCUACAGAACAAGAAGACGGGAUGCUUUUCGUCCGUGAAAUCGGGAUCCGAGGAAGACAUGCGGUUUGUCUACUGCGCCUGUGCCAUUUCCUACAUUCUGGACGACUGGUCUGGCAUCGACUUGAUGGCAAUGGUGCGCUUCAUCAACUCAUGUCUGAAUUAUGACGGAGGGAUCGGCCUUAAUGAUGGCGCCGAAUCGCAUGGCGGAGCUGUAUUUACUGCCAUCGCGUCGCUUUCUCUGUCAGGACAAAUGGCACAGCUCAACUGCGAGCAAUCGGAGCUCGUGCGCUGGUUGGUGUUCCGACAACAAGGCGGUUUCCAGGGACGAUGCAACAAGAGCCCAGACUCGUGCUACGCUUUCUGGAACGGCGCGACUCUCGCUCUGCUAGGCAAACACCAUUUAGUGAACAUUCCAAGCUGCAAGCAAUUUAUCUACUCAUGUCAAUUUCCUUUUGGCGGACUGUGCAAGUACCCUGACACAGUGCCGGACGUGAUGCAUUCCUACCUCAGCCUAGCGUGGCUAAGCAUCGCGGCACACUCAAGCCCCAAUAUGAACGAGGACGAGGCAAAUUGUGAACUUCCCAAGCUCGUAGCGUUAAACACGAAGCUUCAAGUGCCAAUGUUUCCGAAGUUGCCGAGCUUGCCGAUGAAGCGAGGCAGUAAAUGA